UUGAGAAAUAGGGAGACUACCCAAUGACACACAUCACUGAAAUUAUUAACCCAAAGAAGCUUACAUCAAGCUGAUGAACUUGUGCAUACAAUUAGCAGAGAAUGGGUUAAUCCGUGGAAAUUUUAACGAGUUCAACCUUAUGAUUGAUAACAAAGCGAAUGUCACCUUGAUUUUCCUCAGAUGAUAUCUGUAUACCACAAAGAUACCAAAUUCUGCUCCAACGGGGAUGUUCAAUGCAUUCAGAAGUACUUUGUCAGGAAGUACAACAUGCUUUUUGAAGAUAAGCCAACUCUGAAUAAUGACGUUCAGAGAAAGGAAGACAUCAUCUACAUUGAGAAAGAAGAAAAUAAGACUAUUAAGUCUAUUCAAAUCGCAAACCAACAAAACCAGGAAGAGACUAAGAGUGAAAAUAGUUAUGAAGAUCCAGAAGCUGAAGGAGAAGAUGAGAAGAAGGAAGUUCAAGAAGAAAAGAGCAAGAGAAUGAAGCUGAAGUAGAAGAAUAAGAAGAACAUCAUGAAGCAGAUGCCCAAGUAAAUAAAUUCAACACAGGAAAAAGGUAUACGACUUAACUUACUUAUUGCUUAACUUCAAUAAAGUCAUUAAUAA